UUAAAUUCUGUGCGUAGACAAUGGUGUUUGUGUGUUGUCGAACGAAAUUGGACGGAUCGGGUUUUUGGUCGGAGACGUUUCUGGGCCCCGGGCCGAGGUUUGACUGUGUUUACCUCCACCUCAGUUUAAGUACAGAAUCGAAAGGAUAAAAUUUAGUAAACAAGUGUACAGAGUGUUGGGUGGUUUGACUGAGCUUUGGUGGGGGUUGUGGCAGUAAGUAGGUCAGUGGGUCGGCUCCCCACUCCCCCCCAACUGGGUCACCAUUCACUUUCACUUAUUUCCAAGGGAGGAGGCUCACUCUGAGUUGUGCCAGCGCACGCUACACAAGCCCGUGUGCUGUCGACAGUUGAGUGCGUACCCGAGUGUCUAGUGCUAUGUGUCUGUGACAGUGGAGCAUAGAAUAUGUUAUUAGAUAUGGAGCAGCAUUCGUCCCUCGUAUCCUUGAACAUGUCCCAUUUCAACCUGAGCCCGGGGACGGAGCAGAGUGGAGGCGGCGGGGGCGGUUCCAGCCCCGGGGGCAGCUGUCCCCCGCAGCUAUACGGCUCGCCGCCGCUCUACUCGAUCCAACCCUCGGCACCCCAGCACAGUCCCUCCCUUUCACACGGAUACAACCUAGAAGCGUGCUUCUUCUCGCCCACAGGUACCGGCGUCGGGAUGGAACUGCCUGCUGGCGGCGCCUCUUCCUUCCAGCAGCAGCCGCAGAUGUUGCAGCAAGCCGUGUCCGACAUGCCGGACACCAAGGAAGGGAUCGAGGAGCUCUGUCCCGUGUGCGGCGACAAGGUUUCAGGCUACCACUACGGACUCCUCACCUGUGAAUCGUGCAAAGGAUUCUUUAAAAGGACCGUCCAGAAUAAGAAAGUGUACACCUGUGUUGCAGAAAGGAGUUGUCAUAUCGAUAAAACACAAAGGAAGCGAUGCCCUUUUUGUAGAUUUCAGAAGUGCCUUGAAGUCGGCAUGAAACUAGAAGCGGUUCGUGCCGAUAGAAUGAGAGGAGGUAGAAACAAAUUCGGUCCUAUGUAUAAGAGAGACAGAGCUAGAAAGCUGCAGAUGAUGAGGCAGAGACAGUUGGCAGCCCAGACCCUCAGGAACAGCAGCGGCUAUAGCCCGGGUGGCCUCGGAGACGCAGUGACCCUCAGUUACCAGCCGGGCUCCAACUUCGCGAGCCUCCAUAUCAAACAAGAGAUCCAAAUCCCACAAGUCUCGUCACUCACCUCCUCCCCGGAAAGCUCACCAAGUCCCAUCGCGGUGGCCCUCGGCCAGGCCGCGAACGGAAACAUCUCCAACAACAACAUGUGCUCCGUCAUGCCCGGAUCUCAGACUCAGCCCGCUCUGCAGAUCGUCAACGACCAAAGGAUCUCCCACCAAAGCGUCCAGGCUUUCGAACACGCCAAACUCUGGUCGGGCAACACGUCGCCCCCGCCUUCGAAAACGUUCCAAUACGAAGGUUCUUCCUCCCAGAGCCAGUCCAAAGUAUCGCCCAUGAUUCGGGACUUCGUCCAAGCCAUCGACGACCACGAAUGGCAAAACUCCCUAUAUAACCUAUUACAAAAUCAGACGUAUAAUCAGUGCGAAGUGGACUUAUUCGAACUCAUGUGCAAAGUGUUGGAUCAAAACCUUUUUUCGCAAGUGGACUGGGCAAGGAAUUCCGUAUUCUUCAAAGACCUCAAGGAGGUUGAUGACCAGAUGAAGUUACUCCAGCACUCGUGGUCGGACAUGCUCGUGCUCGACCACAUGCACCAAAGGAUGCACAAUUCACUGCCCGACGAAACGACACUACCAAAUGGACAGAAGUUCGAUCUGCUGAGCCUCGGCCUCUUGGGCGUUCCAUCCCUCUCCGAGCCCUUUACAGAGAUCACUACCAAACUCCAGGACCUCAAAUUUGACCUGAGUGACUACAUCUGCAUCAAAUUCCUCCUCCUACUCAACCCAGAAGUGAGAGGCCUGAUGAAUAGGAAACACGUCCAAGAAGGACAUGAACAAGUUCAACAAUCCCUUCAUGACUACUGUCUGACAACAUAUCCACAAGUGCAGGACAAGUUCAACAAACUCCUGCAGAUCCUUCCCGAAAUCCAUAGAUUGGCGACAACGGGUGAGGAACACCUGUACGUGAAACACUGUAACGGAAGUGCACCGACACAGACACUCCUCAUGGAGAUGCUUCACGCAAAGAGGAAGUAACAAUAUUAAUAGAUAUGUCAAGGGACUCAUUGCAAAUUUACAAUACUCCUUUAGGCAGAAGCAUACAGGCGUACCGGCAUCAAAAUGCCAGCUUAUUAGGCCAGUAUGCCAAUUUUGAAGGAGUAGGAUAACUAUAAAAAGAAUUCUAUUGUAAAAAGAACAACAAUCUCCAAUGUCCAAUGUGCAAUAUUCAUUUAAAGAGGAGAAGAAAAAAA